GAAGAUAUUGAGAAGAGUUCAGAACUAGAAAAGCAGAUAAAACAAUUAGCUUUGAAUGAUUCCGGUUUGGAAAGACAAUUUCACUUGUCUUAUCGAUUAGGUAGCCGUGACCAUGGGAAUCUUUCUAAAGACGAAAAAGGCUCUAGAGGCGAAAUGGGUCCAGGUGGUCUUAAAGGCACAUCUGGCGAAGUUGGAGACAAAGGUUCAGCUGGAAUUAAGGGACCAAUCGGAGAUGUAGGACCAAUAGGAACAAAAGGUGCAAACGGUUCUACGGGCGACAAAGGUAAUAUCGGAGAUGAAGGUCCAAGUGGACAAAAAGGAAUAGUUGUAGAAAAAAGCGCACUUGGUGCCAAAGGUCAUAAUGGAACCGAAGGUGCGCAUGGUGAAAAAGGCACAAAGGGUGAAAUGGGCCAGACUGGUCUUGUUGGACCUACUGGAAGUAAAGGUUUGACUGGUGAACAUGGAAAUAAGGGUCUAGUCGGCGACAAAGGACAAAAAGGUGAAAUGGGAGACAAAGGUUCAGUUGGAAGUAAGGGACAACUCGGAGAUGUAGGUCCAAGAGGAGGAAAAGGACGAAAUGGUACGAAAGGAUCAAAUGGAGAAAACGGCAUGAAAGGCGAAGAGGGACCAACGGGAGAAAAGGGUGCAAUAGGUGCAAAAGGUAUGGCUGGUUACAAAGGUACCAUCGGAGAUGUAGGUCCAAGUAGACGAAAAGGAGAAAAAGGUCCAAAUGGAAACGAAGGUGUGGAUGGUGAAAAUGGUACAAAGGGGGAAAUGGGCCAGACUGGUCUUGUUGGACCUACCGGAAGCAGAGGUUUGAUUGGAGUAAAAGGACCAACUGGUGAUAAAGGAUUGAAGGGAGAAAAUGGACUUCCUGGUUUUAAUGGUGAACACGGCGAAAAGGGAAUCAAAGGUGAAAAGGGAUUAACGGGAAAUAGGGGCCUAGUUGGCUACAAAGGACAAACAGGAGCACGAGGACAAACUGGUGAAAAGGGGCAACCUGGAGAAUCAGGCAAAACGAUAACCUGUGGUUCCGGAUGGAUACAGUUUAUGGAAAGUUGUUAUAACUUUCAAUUCAGGUCAAAAAGGUCAUGGUAUGCGGCAAAAACUGAAUGUCAUAGAAUGGGAGGAUUCCUUGUAAAAAUGGCACAAUUCUAUUGAGAACUGGUUCUUGAAAAACUUCAGAACAGUCGAUAAGAACCCAGGUAACAUUUGGAUUGGAGCACAUGAUUCUGUAUGGGAAUCCCUUUUCAGAUGGGAAUCCGAUAAUACAUUUCUAACCUAUACUAACUGGAACCCAGGCGAACCUAAUAAUCGUGGCCAAGAGGACUGUGUGCAUAUGAAUUUUGAAGCUACGUUUAAGUGGAAUGACAAUAAAUGUUCACAUCAAUUUUCAUAUAUUUGUGAGAAACAUUAAAACAAAUUGUGCUUUAA